AUGACCAUGGACAUGUCGGACGAUAUGCUCGUCGAUACGUCGUUUCCCGCACCUCAGCCAUCAGUAGCAGCCAAGGAACUCGACGCUGCAUCAACGACGCCUCCUCUGCUUUCUGCCGACGACGAUGUAGAGCUUCCGUCAAUACCAAUCCCCGACGAGGCUGCUUUGGCUGCGGCGGCAGCUGCGAUGGCCGCGGCCGCACAAGGUCAAGCAGAGGGUUUGGCCCAGCAGCAGCAGCAGCAGCAGCAGCAACAACACACGGCCGACCACAAUGACUUGGGCGGCGCUUCAGAGGAUCUCGAUUCGUAUCUUCUCGCUGCUGCGGCCGCUUCGGUCCAUGCGCAACAACAACAUCUCAGCGACGACCAGCAGAAGGCGCAGUCGGAGCAAAACUUCGACAUUGCCGCUACGUCCAUCCCGAAUGGCACAUAUACCAUCGACGCCUCUGUCAACGGCUCCAACGUCGACGAUGCUCGAGCUCGAGCUGCUGUUCAGGACCGAUGCCAAAAGUACAUUGACGACCGUACACCGUUUCCUCUCACCAUCGGCAAUCGUACGCCAGGCGGAGUCGCUGAACUCCUCGCAUCCAGCAAUGUUGGUCAACAUGACUCGCAAAACCUUGCCCAUCUCCCACUUACUGAAGCAAAAGUUGAGUUGGGAAAGACCAGGUGUUACUGGGCGCUUCUCUCCGCAGAUCAUUCCAAAGGCAACGGACCGACCGGUGAAAAGCUCGAAUUUGUCUAUCUCGACCCCAUCUUGCAACAGCACAUGGCCGAGCAAGCUAGCCAGAUGGUCGGCUCCGAUUUUUACGACUAUGUCCAUCCCGAAGAGCGCGACCGCGUCUGCGAUGACAUGCAAAAGAUCGUGGAAAGCCGCACUCUUUUUGGAAGCGUCACGCGCUGUCGCUAUUCGCGUAUCCCGCACAUCCGCGAGCUGCUCGGUGCCUCGAACCCUCCCCGAGAUCCUGAAGCAGAUCGCUACGUAGAAGACGAUAGCUUUGUGGCUAUCGACAUUAUCAUCAACUGGAUCGGCGACGGUAUGCUGCUCUGCUUCUUCCACGCCAUCAUUGAUAAGGCUGCCGAGGACAAUGACGAGCAGAACAAGUCGGAAUGGACCAAUUGGUGCGGCACUCCAGGAGGUAGUUUUACCGUACGUCAGUGCGACACCAUCUGGAAGCAAGUCAAGGCGGUUCCACGCGAGACGAUCGCCGCCUCGGGCCCCGACCACGUCUUUCAGGUCAUCGAAGCGGGAGGCGACAGCCGAGUGCUGCUCAGCUGGCCUCCUCCCCGCCUCUUUUCCGGCCACCACGUCGAGGCAAAUCUACUGGCGCAGUCAGACACCACGGCGUUCCAAGACGGCUCGUACUUUGCCGACGACUUUGCACGGCUUGCGCAAGGCGUAUCGAUCGCACCUGGAUCCUCUUCGCUCUCGGACGCAAACACGAGCUGUACAAGGCGAUUCCGCGCCAAGCAUACCUUGACCUCCGAGGGCAAGGUUCGCAGCAUCGAAAGCGUCCUUAUUCCUUACGGCGGUGUCAUUCUGGCUUGCUUCCACACAACCUUCCAGCAAGAGCUGCCUCCUACGGAUCCGAAGCUGGUUCUGCAAGCGCGAGCUUCUCUCGAGGCUCAAGCCGAACGACGUAAGGCUGAUGACCAUGAAUCUCCGAGCUCUUCAAACAAGCGACAGCGAACCGAUGGUGGACCUGUGACAAGCGACAAUUCGAUGGAUGCCAAGCCGCAAAUGCCAACUUCGGUUGCUGCAUCGACACUGUCACCAUCAAGAGAUGGCGCACCUGCAUCUGCUUCAACAGAACCAUCACUCAAACCGCAAGAUUGUGUCACUGCGGCCACCGACGGCUCUCACGCGCAGUCCAACGGUCACUCUACUAAGGCAGUGAAUGGGAGUCCGCCGAAACCAGUAGUGUCCAAAUACCAAAAACCAGCGAUCAAACCUGAAGCAAACGGUCUUGCAGCCCUGGCCAACCCGAGCCUAAUGUAUACUAAUGCGCCUAUCAAAGCCCCCGGCACGCCCACAAGCACCGCCGCCGCUGCUGCCACCAAUGCCGCACGAGCAGGCUCGGAGCGCACCCCUAGCACGCCAGCUGCGAAAGCAGCCAACGGCCGCUCGAACCACGUCGCCUCUCCCUCGCCUGCUACAACCUCCUCUGCCACCGGCGCCUCUCCUGGCGCAUCACCCAACAAAGCCUGCACGGGCUGCGGCAAGAUCAACAGCCCCGAAUGGCGUCGUGGGCCAUCGGGACACAAGACCCUGUGCAACGCUUGCGGUCUGCGAUACGCUCGCUCGCUCACGCGUCGCAAGAAGAAGAAGGGCAAGGACGGCGAGGUCGAGUUCAUCGAGCCGACAGGCGAUCCGACAGUGGUUCCGAAGAGUCGGGGUGGAGGUGGUGGUAGUCUUCCGGGUGUUCAUCGGAAGAAUAGUAAGAAGAGGAAGGAGGAGGAGGCUGCGAAGGAAGCUGCUACUGCCGUUGCGGGUGUCGUAGCAUCCGUGUCUCCUAGUGCCAGUGCUUCGUCUGCUGAGCCGAUGCAGAGCCCGGCUGCUGGCGUCGUGGCAGAAGCGAAGGUUCCGUCGCCUGCUCCAGCGGGCGGGGACAAGCUAGCUGCUUCGAAGCGGGUGAAGGUCGAGCCGGUCGAAGGCAGUACACUAGCACGCGGAAACAGCGUUAGCGACGACAAGGAAGCCUCACUGUCCGCCCUCGCACCCGCUGCUGCAGCAACCGAGGUGGUUUCGGAUCCGGCUCACUCGAUAGCCGUCUCGAUCGCACUCGACGCCAUCGCCCAAGCUACAUCCUCAGCACCGCUCAUCGACGCCGAAGGCCUCGCACUCCCCGUAUCCAACGCAAUCAGCCGCGCCAUCGCUGCCACCAUCAGCAGCACGGACAGUAGCAGCAGCGCCGCUCUUGCUGCUGUCAGUCCGCACACGCCCAGCGGCAUCCUCUCCACCGCACCCAGCACGACAGCAUCGCCGACCGCAGUGGAUCUCGACCCCGCCGUCAGCGCCGCUGCGCUGCAGACGAUCGAAUCGGUCGUCUCGGAAGCGCUGUACAAGCAGCUCGUGCAUUCGUCGCUACCGGAAACGCCGCCUGCGGAUGUGAAAGGUGGCACGAAGGAGGAAGAGGGUGAAAGGCAGGUGGACUUGACCGAGGCGCUGACGGCGGAUGCGAUCCGCGCGGCGGCGCAGGCUGCGGUUGCUCAGGGUGUGGCUGAAGAAUAG